CCGCUGAGCCUAGGGGCUGGUUUAGCUUCGCUCCUGGGGUGCCCUGUGCCAGCCUCAAAUCAGCUUCCUGGGGUCACUGCCUGCCUCCCCCUGCACCCCAGCCACCCAGCGCCCAGGGACAGGAGUCAAAGAAAGGACGUUUCCUUUCAGGUGUGAAGGCGGCAAUUCAGCCAUGAAGGGGCGGUGCUGACGGAGCAAUUAUUGACCCUUUCUCUGUUUUCUUUUUCAGGUUUACCCCCUUUUUCUCUGAUUUCUCUCCCUGAUUGUCACCAAUGGAUGUAAAAUUCGUGUUGAUUUCUCCCCUUUUCUCUCUAGUUCAAUUUAAAAUCUCAGAUUUGGGAUAUUUUCCCACCCAUUUGAUGUGCAGCAAACUUUCUUUGUUUAUAUAGGAAAUUGUUGCCCUGAGUCAUUUCCUAACUGGGAUGGGUUUUAAUGGGUGCAGCAGCUUGCAAAGCCCUGAGACACACCUUCCCAAAAGGGCGGGGGGGGGGGGGGGGGGCUUCCAGUUUCUGGCACUCAGAGGCCAGGCCAGCCAGGGACAUGCUUCCAUGCUGAUGAUGGGUACUGCUCGAUAAUAAUCCAAAGCAGUGCGGAGUGACGUAUGUUCAUUUCCAUCAUCUGAGUCAGAUGCCGCCAUCAGAAGAUUGAUUUUCUUGUCUAGUGGUUCGGGUUCUGUAGCGUCUGCAUCAGUGUUGCUCCUUUAGAACUUCUGACCACAUGUUCCACACCUCGGCCUUCUCAGAUUUCGGAUGGCACUUCAGAUUCUUACACCUUGGUCAAGUGCUGUAGCUAUCUUUAGAAAUCUCACAUUAGUACCUUCUUUGCAUUUUAUCAACUCCGUAGUAUAAAUAUUCUUAAAAUGAACAACAUAUGCUGGGUCAUCAUCCGAGACUGCUAUAAAAUGAAAUAUAUGGCAGAAUGCAGAUAAAACCAUGGAGCAGGAGACAUAAUGUUCUCCCUCAAGAUCUUCAGUCUCAAAUUUAAUUAACACAUUAUUUUUUAAUGACCAUCGUCAUCAUGGAGACAUGUCCUCUGGAAUGAUGGCUGAAGCAUGAAGGGGAAUAUGGAUGUUAGCAUAGCUGGCACAUAAAUAUUUUGCAGUGCUGGCUACAAAAGGGCCAUGUGAAUGCCUGUUCUCACUUUCAGGUGACAUUGUACAUAAGAAGCGGGAGCAUUAUCGCCAGUAAAUGUAAACAAACUUGUUUGUCUUAGCGAUUGGCUGAACAAGAAGUAGGACUGAGUGGACUUGUAGGCGCUAAAUUUUUACACUGUUGUGUUUUUGAGUGCAGUUAUGUAACAACAGAAAAUCUGCAUUUGUAAGUUGCACUUUCAUGAUAAAGCGAUCACAUUACAGUAUUUUAUCUUUUCUACAGUGCAAAUAUUUGUAAGAAAAAUAAUAUAAAGUGAGCACUGUACACUUUGAAUUCUCUGUUGUAAUAGAAAUCAAUAUAUUUGAGAAUGUAGAAAAACAUCCAAAAAUAUUUCCAAUAAAUUUAGAUUGGUAUUGUUUAACAGUGCGAUUAAAACUCUGAUUAAUCGCAGUUAACUGAAACAAAUUGCAAAAGUUAACUGCGAUUAAUUGACAGCCCUAGUUUUGAAUUUUUCUGUUAGAUGCAGGACAGUCUAGAACAUCAGUGUGCAGGGAAAGAGCCUGCGGAGAGUUGUGCUGUGAAAUUAUUUCCUGUUCUGACAUGUCCCCAAUUGUCCUUUUUGCCCUAACAGGCUGCAGCGCAAUAUCCAUGUUUUCUGCCAGGUUUUUCUGUUCUUCCAGGGACCAGGGAAGGGAAAUGGCUGCAGUGGAGCCAGUUGAGGGGCUGGUGACCUUUGAGGAGGUGGCUGUGUAUUUCACCAAGGAAGAGUGGGCUCUUCUGGACCCGGGUCAGAAAACCCUCUACAGAGAUGUAAUGCUGGAGAACUAUGAGACUGUGACCUCGCUGGUCCCCCUUCUCACCCUGAUGGGCUGCAGAACAACAUCCACAUUUCACUCCGGAUGGGCCCAGCCUCCUAGGGGACGGGGAAGGACAAUGGUUGCCGUGGAGCUGGCUCAGGAGCCAGUGACCUUUGAGGAGGUGGCUGUGUAUUUCACCAGGGAAGAGUGGGCUCGGCUGGACCCCGCUCAGAGAGACCUAUACUGGGAUGUCAUGCAGGAGAACUGUGAGAAUGUGACUUUGCUGGAGUGGUUCGAAGAGUCAACUUUUAAACAGAAAGUAGGGCUCACCAUAAUUGUGGAAGAGCUGGUGCUCUGCUAUAAUCAUCGUACAACACUCAUUAUUCCAAAGCAGCUCGACUCCACCGCAGGGGUUUGGAGAAACAGGACUAAAGGGUUCCCAGUUUCCAAACCUGAAGUGAUGUCCCAGCUGGAACCAGGGGAAGAGCUGUGGGUCUCAGAUCUCCAGGGCUCAGAGGAAAGAGAGAUCCUGAGAGGAACCUGCCCAGCUUCUGAGGUUUCUCUCUCUGUCUCAGGAGAUGAUGGGAUGGUGAGUGAGCAAAAAGAGCAGAAUCCACAGCAGGAAGAUGCUGAGAAGGUGGAACUCCACGGGGGCUUACCACAAGGAACUCAAGGGAACAUGUCCAGGAGUCGUGAAGAGAGGCAGCAGGGAAACAAAUCAGGGGAGAAAGUGGGUAAAUCCAUCAGUUGUGAGGAAAAUCUCAAGGACCUCAAGGAAACCACAGCCCAGCAGAGAAUCCUCAAGGGAGAAAGACAAAACAUGUGCCCUGAGUGUGGGAAAACCUUCCCUUGGCUCUCACACCUUAUUAGACAUCAGAGAGUCCACACAGGAGAGCGACCCUAUGAGUGCGGAGAGUGCAGGAAAACCUUCUCUUGGCACUCCCAGCUUAUUGUACAUCAGAGAAUCCACACAGGAGAGAGACCCUAUGAGUGCUGUGAGUGCGGGAAAACCUUCACUCGGCGCUCACACCUUAAUGUACAUCAGAGAAUCCACACAGGAAAGCGACCCUAUGAAUGCUGCAAGUGCAGGAAAACCUAUAUUCAGAGAUCAGACCUUGUCAGACAUCAGAGAACUCACUCAGGAGAGAGACCCUAUGAAUGCUGCAAGUGCAGAAAAACCUUCCCUCGGCGCUCACACCUUAUCAGACAUCACAGAACCCACAAAGGUGCGAGCCCUUAUGAAUGCUGGUUUCCAAUUUCCAAACCUGAGGUGAUGUCCCAGCUGGAAGCAGGGAAAGAACUGUGGGUCUCAGAUCUCCAGGGCUCAGAGGAAAGAGAGAUCCUGAGAGGAGCCUUCACAGGAGACGAUGGGAUAGUGAGUGAGAACAAGGAGGAGAAUCCAGAGCAGGAAGAUGCUGAGCACAUGGAACUGCACAGGGAAUUAUCUCGAAGAACUAAAGGAAACGUGUCCUGGAGUCAUGAGGAGAGGCAGCAGGGAAACCAGCCGGGGGAGAAAGUGGGCAAAUCCAUCAGUUGUGAGGAAAACGACCUCAAGGGAACCGCCACCCAGCAAAGAAUCCUCAAGGGAGAGAGAAAAAACACAUGCUCUGAAUGUGGGAAAACCUUCCCUCGGCUCUCACACCUUAUUAUACAUGAGAGAAUGCACACAGGAGAGAGACCUUAUGAAUGCUGUGAAUGCAGGAAAGCCUUCACUCGACGCUCAACCCUUAUCAGCCAUCAGAGAACCCACACAGACGCAAGACCUUAUGAGUGUUGUGAAUGUGGGAAAACCUUCACUCGGCGCUCAGACCUUUUCAGACAUCAGAGAAUCCACACAGGUGUGAGCCCCAGUGAAUGCUUCUCCAGACCUGAGGUGAUGCUGGAAGGAGGGGAAGAACUGUGGGUCUCAGAUCUCCAAGGCUCAGAGAAAAGAGAGAUCCCGAGAGGAACCUGCCCAGCAGGUGAUGGGAUUGUGAGUGGAAACAUGGAGCAGAAUCCACAGAAGGAAGAUGCUGAGCACAUGCGACUGCGCAGGGGAUUAUCACAAGGAACUAAAGGGAACAUGUCCAGGAGUUGUGAAGAGAGGCAGCAGGGAAACCACCCAGGGGAGAAAGUGGGCAAAUCCAUUAGUUGUGAGGAAAAUCACAUGGACCUCAAGGAAACGACUGCCCCGCAGAGACUUUUCAAGGGAGAGAGAGAAAACAUAUGCUCUGAAUGUGGGAAAACCUUCCAUCGGCGCUUAAAUCUUAUUUUGCAUGAGAGAAUCCACACAGGAGAGAGACCCUAUGAAUGCUGUGAAUGCGGGAAAGCCUUCACUCGACGCCCAAACCUCAUUAGACAUCGGAGAAUCCACACAGGUGCGAACCCCAGUGAAUUCUCAGGGUUUCCAGUCUCCAAACCUGAGGUGAUGUCUCAGCUGGAACCAGGGGAAGAGCUAUGGGUCUCAGAUCUCCAGGGCUCAGAGGAAAAAGAGAUCUUGACAGAAACCUGCACAGGUGAUGGGAUGGUGAGUGAGAACAAGGAGCAGAAUCCACAGCUGGAAGAUGAUGAGCAUGUGGAACUGUGUGGGGGAUUAUCACAAGGAAUUAAACGAAACGUAUCCCCACUAGGGGAGAAAGUGAGUAAAUCCAUCAGUUGUGAGGAAAAUCACAAGGACCUCAAGGAAACCACAGCCCAGCAGAGAAUCCUUAUGGGAGAGAGAAAAAGUAUAUGCCCUGAGUAUGGUAAAACCUUCCCUCGAUGCUCACACCUUAUUCUACAUCAGAAAGUCCACACAAGAGAGACAGCCUAUGAAUGCUGUGAGUGUGGCAAAACCUUCACUCGGCGCUCAGACCUUAUCAGACAUCAGAGAACCCACACAGGCACUAGCCCCUAUGAAUGCUGCCAGUGUGGGAAAAUCUUCCCUUGGCACUCACAGCUUAUUGUACAUCAAAGAAUCCACACAGGAGAGAGGCCCUAUGAAUGCUGUGAGUGCGGGAAAACCUUCACUCGGCGCUCACAUCUUAUCAGACAUCAGAGAACCCACACCCAAGAGCGACCCUUUCAAUGCUGUGAGUGCGGGAAAACCUUCUCUCAGAGCUCAACCCUGAGUAGACAUCAGAGAAUCCAUGCUUGUGAGAGGACCUAGGAAUGCUGUGAGUAUAGAAAAAACUUUUCUGUUCGAUCAGCCAUUAUUAAUCAUCAGAGAUUCUGGAAAGGACAGAGACCCUGUGAAUGUUGUGAGUGCGGGAAAACUUUCAUUUACCACUCAGACCUCAGGAGAUAAUUAAUGGUCCACACAGGAUUGACACCUUGUACAUGUUCUGAGAGUGGGAAAAAAGCUUCUAUCAGAAGUCACACAUUAUUUAUCUUCAGUGAAGCCACAAAGGAGAUAAACACCAUAAAUACCUUGUCUAGGGCUAACAAUAAAAUGUGUUUUUUUUUUCUGUAAUAUUUUUGGUAUUUAGGCUCUUAUUGCCAUUUACUUCAUUGUGGUCCCUCUGCUCCCCCCGGUGGGUUGUCCAGUUUUGCUUUUUGCAGGUUGCCCUUCUUUGGGUGAAUCCCCAAAGACCCUUUCUAUCAUCUUCUUUGUUCUGUGGGUCAUGGCAGUAUGAAUCCCUCUUAUUAGGAAUGCACAUCAGCCCCAGGUUGGUGAAAUACAAAUGAUGUCAGUUAGAUUGUGGUAAAAUCUACCUGAGCCUUUUCUCCAUUAGUAUGUUUUUGUAGUUAGCUAGCUCCAGUGAGCUACCCAGAUGUAAAAUCACAGCUGUUUUCUAUACUGACAUGGCCCAAGUAUACUAUUGUGGGUUAGCCAGUAUGUUUCCCCUUGACCUGUCCUAAUGUUCUCCACAUUUCCUAGUCUAGACAAACCAUUAUCAUGAUGCUAAAACUUUUGCAAAUAAUGCAACUCAAUAAUAAUGAGACAGCAGUGAGUGAAGCAGGUUUCAGUGGAUCAGAGGACAAUGCAAUGGGAAAAUCUGUGGCCCUUAUUCUGAGUCAUCAGAUGAAACCUGCUCUAGAAUCUCAUUCUGUCGGAAACGAAAAAUGUCUUAUAUCUCUGGUAGAUUUUUCUCUUUCUUAAAGGCUGUUUGGUCACACAACUAGAUAUUCGUUUUCUCUGGCAGAUUUAUUGGGGACUUUGAGACAAAUUCCCAUUUGCUUCAAUGGUAAUUUCUUCCCUUAUUUUUUGUUUUUCCUCUCCGCUCCGUGAAGAAAUGGGAAAGUUCAAAUGCAGUUCAGUCAACUGGAGAGAAUAUUCACAGUUAUGGGAUAUGCUAUCGAGGAAAUUAUUAGUCACAUGAAUCUUGCAAGGACUCUUCUCCUUGACGUUUUAAAUCAAGGUUUUGCUAAGGUUUUUAGUGGUUUUAAGAUAUCCUCCUGCAAGAUUCAUCUGACGAAGGCUUAUCUAGAAGACAACCUGCACCUUGGCAACUAAAAAUCAAUCUAAUUACAUUGGUGCAACCUCCUGAUAAUAGUUACACCAAUGGAAAUAUUCACAUAACCUUGAAUACUGCUAGGCUGACAUUUAAUCGCAGAAAGCCAAGCAUCCUUGCCCUGCCCCUUCCCCGAGGCCAUGCUCCUGCCACACCCCUUCUCUGAGUCCCCGUCCCACGCUCACUACAUCCUCCUCCCUCCGUCGCUCACUGUCCACCACCCUCACUCACUCUCACUGAGCUGGGGAAGGGGGAGAGGGUGUGGGCUCUGGCCUGGGAGUUGGGGCCUAGGGGUUCGGAGUGAGGGAGGGGACUCAGCACUGGGGCAGGGGGAGGGGGCUCUUGGAGGGAGUUUGGGUGCAGGAGUGGGCUUAGGCGUGGGGUGAGGGCUCUGGAAGGGAGUUUGGGGGCGGGAGGGGGUGUGGGGAGCGGGCUCCGGCUGGGCGGUGCUUACCUUAGGUAGCUCCCAGAAGCGGCUGACGUGUCCGGCUCUUAGGCUCAGGGGCGGCCAGGCUGUGACAUUAUAUAAUUAAAAUAUGAUCAUAUAGAUGAUUGUACUGUUAUAUAAUUGCAACAAAUCUUGUACAAAGUGUGUCAAGUUAGGGGUCAAUGGAAAAGUUAUGAUUUUCUGAAUAUGCUUAUGCUAUUUCUAUGCAUGUAUCGUCUUGGUACCUGAAGUUAUGAAUAUUAACUAUGUACCUGUAUUACUACGUUUGCUCCUGUGGUAACACCCACAAGAUAUUUAGCCAGCACACUGUGAAGGAACUAUUCAAGUUGAAUGGCCCAUCAAAGAACACUGAACUCACAGUGGACCGUGGAAGCCUUCUGUCCAUGCCUGAUGGAUUUUCCUGUGAACGUUCUAACUAAAGAAAGUAUGGGUAAUGGCCUCUGCUAUAACUAAGCGAAGCAGGCACUGACAUGUGACUUGCCCAUGUGACUCCAAACCCCAUCUUGUUACCUGUAAUUUUCCACAAACUAGAACAAUGGGUUUCCCUUCAUUUCGCAGAAGCUGUAAAAGCCCUGGGAACAUCUCCACUGGAAUAUGGACUUACACUAAUGGGAGCAUUCUAACCAAUGGAUUGAGGACCUUCCAAUGAUUUGGCAGCAACCAGAGACUUAACAAGCCAUCAGUUUAUUCCAUCACUGCUAGAAGCCUGAUCCAGUAACUUUGCAGUUACUGUAUGUAUUUCAUUCUUUUAACCAAUUUUAACUCUCACCUCUUUCUUUCAUUUUAUAAAUAAACCUUUAGAUUUUAGAUGCUAAA